AUGAACGCAACCCGUCUUCUCCGUGCCAGCCCCGUCGGCCGCACUCCCAUGAUUCAGUUCCUCGGAAAGCGCACCACCCCCCAAAGCAUUGACCACACCCCGCGCCCGCAUCCGCAAGCACCAACCAACAAGCUCCCCACCUCCUUCGCCGAGUACCGCCAGAAGGCUCAGCAGCACGGGCCAUUGGCCUACAAGACCAACACUGCUGCUCGCUCGUCCGUCCAGCCCUCCGAGGGCCAGGCAUUCGACCGCAGCGACCUGCCAGAGCGCUUCUGGAGACUGGCGCUGAGCAAGGAGGAGAUGGAUGUAAUUGAGAGCGGGGGUGCAUUUGCUUAG